AUUCAGUAACAGCAGCAGCAGCAGCAGCAGCAUCAACAUGUGUGCAGUAGACAAAGCAAGCGGGCGCAUAGAAAAUGUGCGAACAGCUCAAUGGUUAGGUUCUCACUAAACUGUGUGUUUUGAUGAACACUUCGCUGUUUGACUAGCGACAUAAGGAAGAACUGCAGUAGUGGCAAGCAUACACACAGAAACACACACACGAGAAAAUUCGUGUAAAUUGUUUGUUUUUCUCAUUCACGUAUUUGUCUGUUUAGUCGAGUGUUUUGCUGUGAUUGUCUUCAGAAUUGGAUAUACGUUUACUCGUCGGUCUAUUUUGUCCUUUGAUCUCGCGCGUAGUUUGGUAUUCAAGAGUGCGUGAGUGCGUUCAUGUGUGUAGAUUUAAAAUGUUGCCGUUGAUCAAGUAGUGAAAAGCAAAAACCACAGUGGUAACCUAUUGCCAUUAUGCUCGGAUUUGAAUAGCUGUUGCGGUAUACGACAACCCGAACUCAAUGACAAUUUAACAACGAAUAAAACAGUUGACUCUAUUUGUUGGGCCGCAUAGAAUAGUUGCGGUACGUCUCCUACAACGAGGUCGUUCGACCAUUCGUCAGCCGCCGUACGUCAAAGAUGGGAAACAACUAGAUAUAUCUGUUUGCAUCCGUGGACAAAAGGGAGCAGGGUAGAUCUGUUACACGACAUCGUUCCAGGACACCGCCGUGCAAGAUCAAGAAGCAAUUGUUGUUGCAGUUGUCCUUGUUAAUAAAGUAACGGGCAGCUCAGGAAACCACCGACAACACCGAAACAGACAAUUCAAUAUUGCGUUAACAUGUCGGCCACUGGUAACUCAUCGAGGAUUGAGUUUAUCGUGGGCGGGAAGUACCGUCUAAUCCGCAAAAUCGGCAGCGGCUCGUUCGGCGAUAUCUACCUCGGACUAAACAUCACCAAUGGCGAGGAGGUUGCAGUUAAACUUGAAUCCGUAAAGGCUCGACAUCCCCAACUAUUGUAUGAAUCGAAGUUGUACAAACUUCUUCAGGGAGGCAUCGGCAUUCCUCACAUUCGCUGGUAUGGAACAGAACGAGAAUACAAUUUAUUGGUUAUGGACCUUCUCGGCCCCAGCCUCGAAGAUCUCUUCAACUUCUGCUCUCGUCGAUUCACUAUGAAAACAGUUCUUAUGCUGGCGGACCAAAUGAUCGGACGAAUCGAGUUCGUACACUCGAAAAACUUCAUACACAGGGAUAUUAAACCAGACAACUUCCUGAUGGGCAUCGGGCGCCACUGCAACAAGCUCUUCCUUAUAGAUUUUGGUCUCUCUAAAAAGUACCGGGACAACCGGACCCGACAACAUAUCCCCUACAGAGAGGACAAGAAUCUAACGGGCACUGCGCGCUACGCCUCGAUCAACGCCCAUCUGGGAAUCGAGCAAAGUCGGAGAGAUGACAUGGAGUCACUCGGCUACGUGCUCAUGUACUUCAACAGAGGUUCGCUGCCAUGGCAAGGCCUGAAAGCAGCAACCAAGAAACAAAAGUACGAAAAGAUCUCCGAAAAAAAGAUGGGCACUCCCAUUGAGUUCCUCACAAAAGGUUACCCGGCGGAGUUCGCGAUGUACCUGAACUAUUGCCGAGGGCUACGUUUUGAGGAGGCCCCCGACUAUAUGUACCUCAGGCAGCUCUUCAGGAUCCUAUUCCGUACAUUGAAUCACCAAUACGAUUAUACGUUCGACUGGACGAUGCUGAAGCAGAAAACAGGCAACGGAGCAGCGGUAGGAACCUCGAAUUCGAAUCAAGCCACCGGACAGGUAGUACCAUCGUCGUCUCAAACGGGUCAAAACGCCCAAGCGGGCACCAGCGCGGCCGUUGCCAACACUGACCUCGCCAAGAAUUAGACGAUGCGUAGGGCAGGUGAUUGGCUUACGAUGGCCAUCGACUCGACGCGGCAAGGGAACGAAUCAAAUUUUAAACUGUGCGCCCGACUAGGCACACGUUAGCAACUAUUGACCAUCUAUCAACAACUCAUCACACAACAGCUGACCAUCUACAGCGGCAGCAGUAGCAGCGGUAUCUGUCAAGAGAAAUGACGUCCAUUCUCUCCUGUUUUUGUCUCCUUUAACGGGCGUCUACGGGAAGUGUACUUAUGAGUAUCGAUCGGCCGAUCUACUACGGGUUGAAAUAAAUGUAUAUUGCCUUAGAUCACCAAUGUGGAAGGAUGGAGAGGUAAAGUCGGAACGUAAUACUCGGAAGAGAGUGACAAAAGUGUUAAUGAUUAUUUUUAUUUAGUAGCCUACAAGUUAUGUACAUCUGUCCUAUUUUCCUUACCUGCUACAUCCUUUUCCCCUUAGCUUCUUUCGAUAAAGAAAGUCCAAAACGAGGUAGAUAGAAAUAGCGUUGUUGCAUGACGAUUCAUAAUGGACUAACUGGAUGGCUGAUUAUAAGGACAAACUAUUCGUGUUUAUCCUUCUCCGAACUGUUAUUCGAUGACCUGCGCCAAGCUACCGAAGAAAAUAAUGACGCGCCGAUGGCAUGUAGAUGGUGUCGAACUGUUGAUGGCGUCUGUAUAAUGGAAAAAGAAGCAUGUGACAGCCGACAAAAUGAGUUGGUUAAAACAAUGCAAUGGCGAUGGAGCAGUUGGCGAAAGUCAUAACAACGAUGAUGAUGGAAAUAAGGAACGAAAAUACUUGCUGAUGAUAGAAGACGUUUUUUGUGUUUUAGUGAAUAAUAAUUAAAAUGGAUAGGGUGCGAUGAGGGGUGAUACGUAUAAGAGAUACGGGCUUGUAGGAGUGAAAGACAGAUAAACAAAGCAAAGAGAAGAAGUGAAGCAGAAACUGAUAGAUAAAAAGGAGGCAGUAUAUAGGAGGGAGUUAGAACGACAAAAAAAGAUCCCAACGAGCGACUGGCUGACACUAACAAUUAAGGGUUAAAAGUCAGCGCUACCUGGCAGGGCCAGAUGGAUACAAAAAUGCUUGACUCACAAAUACAAUACAAUUACUUCUAUUGCUAUAAUCACUACCGCUACCACGACGACUAAACAUCACAAUCACAAUGACGAUAUGUUGAUCAUGGUUCGAGAGUAUUGUUGGGAGGUGCGAGUGGCAGGUGCUUGUUACAUAAGAACACUCAUUGAAAUACAGACAUAACUACACUGAUUUAGACCGAGAAGAAGAAAUGCAGAUGGCCAGCCAAAGCACACGAGCGUUCCAACAAACACAACAGACAACACACAGAAUUCAUAAACAUAUAAAGAACAGGACCUGUAAGCAACAGUAAAACCAAUACAUAAGGAAAACGACCGGCGGGCAUGCGUUGGAAUAUACGUAGGUAGGCCGUGAAGUGGGUUGUGUGAUGUGGGCGGGGUGUGAAAAAAGCAGAAUGGGUGGUAGUUGUGGUUUUGAGUAGUAUCUAUCUACUACAAAAUAAUAAAUAAUAUGUAGACAAGGACCUCCGGUGAAGUGAUGAAGGUGAGGUGAAAUAAGGUAGUGGGCUGACCUGACAGUGGGAAGGUAGAUAGAUACAAAAGGUCGUAUGUUAGUAGGGAAAUCGACAUGCAGAAAAACAAAUUGAUGCGAGAAAAUCAUCAUAAUGCAGAUGAUGACGUGGUGGUGGUGUUUAUUUUAAUUAUUAAUUACUGCGAUACUAAUACGGAGAGAUUGUAGUGAAGUGGUGAUUGAUUGACUGGCAACGAUUUGUGGAGAAGAGUAACAUCAGUAUCAGAACCAGCGGCCAUUAUAAUUAAAUGGAAGGAAAAAAAGCAACAAUAGUAAUAUGAUGGCGAUGUAGUGUGAGCACAAGAAAUCGGCGGGUGAGGUGUUAUAUAUAAAGAAUCAACGAAAAAACGCAACCCUGUGGUCAAAUAUCUAAAGAGAAGCAGUUAGGGAGCAUAUUUAACUCGUGUAUACUCGUGGCCGUUAUGAUAAGAACAAUAGUAAUACUUAAUAAUAGAGAUGUCAAUAUGAGGAGAAGAUAACAAACAGAAGAAAAAGUACUGCUACUGCAAACAGUAAUAGGGAAAAACGGCGGUGGCCUGGACAGCCGGAGCAGAAGCGGUGACUGGCCUGGUUAUACUGAUGAUAAUUAUGAAUAAAAACACUCGAUGAUCACAAUAGUCGAUGGCAGGCGGUGGUGACAAUUAUGAUGAACGCGCUCAUGGCUAUUGUACGGUGACAAAGACA